AUGGCUACAACACGUUGGGAGAGCACACUCUAUUCUUCGGAGAAAUUUGUCGAAGCUUGCGGGGCUGUCGUGUUUAACACUGAGAAGCCGGAGCAAGUCCUUUUACUAUACUAUGCUGCCUUGGACGAAUGGUUGCUACCGAAAGGAAGACGUAACUGUAACGAAUCUCGGAAAGACGCAGCCAUACGAGAAGUUCGCGAAGAGUCAGGCUGUGCGAUUCGAUUACGCCCCGUAACAAUGACUACUCGAGCUCCAUCUGACUUGGAAGCGGCUGAUGUCAAGGAUAUCCCACGCACUUACGACAGCCUCACGGAAGCUUUUAUGCUAGACGUUCGGGACUUGGGGAAGGGUAACGGUGUUAAGUUAGUCUGGUGGUUUAUCGCAGAACUGGACAGCAUCGCGGGAGAUGGAGAAGCGCAGUUCGAACCCAAAUUCUUUCGGAGCGACGAAGCCGUCAAGAUACUGACGUUCCAGAAAGAUCGCGAUGUGCUAGUGAAGGCUUUGGAGCUCGUAGGACGCGGCGCCGAUAAGACGAGGGAGACUUGA